AUGACUUAUACCGCGUGUACCGCUGAGCCCGACGACUUUGUCGCUGAAGGGUACACUUUGCGGGCCGCCAAGUACGGCCGGGAGACCGAGAUCGUCAUCUGCAUCACCAUGUACAACGAGGACGACGUCCUGUUUGCCCGCACCAUGCACGGGGUGAUGAAGAACGUCGCCCACCUCUGUCUGCGCAACAAGCUGCAGUGCUGGGGCAAGGACGGGUGGAAAAAGAUCCAGGUGGUCAUCGUGCUGGACGGGCGCAACAAGGUCAACGACGGCGUGCUCCAGUUGCUCACGGCGACUGGUUGCUACCAGGAUAACUUGGCGCGUCCGUUUGUUAACAACAAGGCGGUGAAAGCGCAUUUAUUUGAGUACACCACGCAAAUCCUGAUUGACGAACAAUUGAAAUUCAAAGGUGAUGAGAAGAACUUAACCCCCGUGCAAGUGCUUUUCUGCCUCAAGGAAAAGAACCAGAAGAAGAUCAACUCCCACCGCUGGCUCUUCAACGCCUUCUGCCCCGUGCUCGACCCCAACGUCGUCAUCUUGCUUGACGUCGGUACUAAGCCGGAUAACCACGCCGUGUACCACAUGUGGAAGGCGUUCGACCGCGACUCCAACGUCGCCGGUGUCGCCGGUGAAAUCAAAGCGAUGAAGGGUAAGGCGUGGGGCACCAUGCUCAAGAACCCGCUCGUCGCCUCGCAGAACUUCGAGUAUAAGAUGCUGAACAUUUUGGACAAGCCGCUAGAGCUGGUGUUCGGGUACAUCUCGGUGUUGCCCGGUGCCCUCUCCGCCUACCGCUACAUUGCCCUCCGCAACCACCCCGACGGCACUGGCCCCUUGAACUCGUACUUUAAAGGUGAAGACUUGUUGCUGUCCCACGUCACGGGCAACUCCAAGACCAACUUCUUUGAGGCAAACAUGUACUUGGCCGAGGACCGGAUCCUCUGCUGGGAGCUUGUGGCGAAGAAGGGGGAGAACUGGGUGCUUAAGUUUGUCAAACUGGCCACCGGUGAGACCGAUGUUCCCGAGCUGGUGUCUGAAUUUCUCCUGCAACGGCGGCGGUGGAUGAACGGGGCCUUCUUUGCCGCCCUCUACUCGUUGCGCCACCACGCCCGUAUCUGGUACACCGACCACUCCUACUUCCGCAAGCUCUUCUUCCAGGUCGAGUUUCUCUACCAACUUGUGCUGCUUAUCUUCCUGUUCUUCUCGUUGCUGAACUUCUACUUGACAUUCUACUUCCUCACCGGGUCGCUCACGCUGGACCCCUCCGUCGGGCGUGCUGGCUACUGGAUCUUCACCAUCUUCAACAUGUUGUGUAUCUGUACGUUGACGCUGAUGUUCAUCGUCAGUAUCGGCAACCGGCCCCAGGCGCUGAAGAACAUAUUCAAGACGUUGAUCAUUCUAUUGACAGUGUGUGCCCUCUACGCGUUGAUCGUGGGGUUCUACUUCGUGAUCCGCACCAUCAUCCGCUUCGGCAUGGACGAUGGGGCGCUGACGUACGUGAUGGUGCUGAUCGUGGUGCUGUUGUUGCUGACGUACGGGUUGUACACGUUGAUGCUGAUCUUGUACCUCGACCCCUGGCACAUGGUGACCUGUCUGGUCCAGUACUUCUUGAUGAUCCCCCUGUACACGUGCACCCUCCAGAUUUUCGCCUUCUGCAACACCCACGACGUCUCGUGGGGGACUAAAGGUGACAACAACCCCAAGGAGGACCGCCUGAACCAGUACAUCGUCGAGAAGAACGAGAAGGGCGAGUUUGAGGCCACCGUCGUCGACGUCAACAUCGACGAGGUCUACCUCGAGACCCUCUACCAGAUCCGCAUGCGCCGGGCCAAUAACAAGAUCAAGACCCACCAGCACGUGAAGACGGUGUUGGAAGGCGAGGACUACGCCAAGGACGUGCGGACCAAGGUGGUAUUGGUGUGGAUGGUGGCCAACUUGCUCUUCAUCCUCAUCAUGGUCCAGGUGUACAAGCCCGGCGACACCGCCAAGAAUAUCUACUUGGCGUUCAUCCUCUGGACGGUGGCGGUGCUCUCGUUCGUCCGCUGCUGCGGGCUGAUCGCGUACUUGGUCAACUCGGGGAUCCGCAUGUUUGUCGAGCUGAAGAACAAGUGGAGCUACAAGCGGACGCUGGCGGCGAUGCCCAACCAAUUGAACUAA